ACGCAUUGUCAAUGGCGACCGCAGCUGCCGCAGCCAGCAGCAGGCUGCGGCGCUGCCGUGGGCGCACCUGCGUGCCACCACCGGUUGACAGCGGCUCGGCUGAAAAUUUCAUGGCCAGUGUAUCGAGCGGGGAGGCGACCGCGCGCGCCACGCGCAGUCGCGCUGCGCCGCCCGUCAGAGCGCCCGCUUGGUCCGCUCCUCCGGAGCUCGCGCUGACGUCUCCACACAACAAUAACACGCGCCCGGCCGACCGGCGACCGCCAUUCAUAGCCAGUGCCAGUUGCAAGUGCAGUGCCCGAGCACGUGAGCCGGACCCGCGGACAUGUAAAUAACGGAGCCCGGUGACACCGCCGCCUCAAACAUGUGGCACGACGGAGACGUACGCAAGAUGAAAUAACAAGUGUGUGCGGUGACCCCCGGCAUGCGGUCGGGGGAGGGAGGCGAGGGCUCGGAGCUGGCGGAGUUCGGCGCGCGCUGGCCGUCGUACGGGCAGGGGCCCGGCUACGGCUGGACGGCGCGCUCCGCCACACCGCAGCACCCGCCGCAGCACCACCUGGCGCGCCACUCGCGCUCGCAGCAGGACAACCGGCACACGAGCUACGAGGCGGAGGACGCGCGGGCGCGCGCGCGCGGCGGCGUGUACUACUCGCCGCCCGGCACCUCCUACACCAUCGUGGAGCGCCCGGCCUCCUCGCACGGCCACCACGCCUCCUACUCGCAACACUACUCUGGGAAACUCACCCGGCAACCUUAUCUUGGUUCUUCCACUAUAGGCAAUAGUGCAGCAGGUGCAACAAGUCUUCGCAACAGCACUUCUCACCUGAGCGCGGCGAACGGCAAGAAGCGGCCGAUCUCGCCGGAGCAGGUGCUGCGCCUCUUCGGGCAGGGCGGCGCCGCGGCGCUCGGCAAGGCCCUUCCGCCGUCGCACCCACCCGCCCGCAGGCACUCGCCCGCCUCCAGCCCUAGCAGCACCACGCACCAUGCGAUAUAUCGGGGCGGCGAGCGGGAGCGGCCGUACUCGUCGGGCGGCGCGCCGGCGCACCCGCCGGAGCCGACCACGCGCACGGUCACCAUGAGCCGGGACCCCGCCGACUCCCACGGCUUCGGCAUUUGCGUCAAAGGUGGGAAGGAGGCAGGUGUCGGAGUGUACAUUUCGCGUGUGGAGGAGGGCUCGGUGGCGGAGCGCGCAGGGCUGCGCCCCGGAGACUCCAUCCUCCAAGUCAACGGCACCCCCUUCUCUGGCAUAUCGCAUGAGGACGCGCUCAAGAUGCUGAAGUCAUGUCGGCAGCUGACGAUGACGGUGCGCACGGCGGGCGCCCUGGUGGGGCGCGCGUCGUGCUCGUGGAUGGACCGCUACGGGCGGCCCGCGUCGCCGCCGCCGCCGCGCCAGUCGCGCUCCGCCAGCAAGGACCGCUCGAUACGCAGGGUGGACCUCUGUAUCGAGCCUGGGCAGUCGCUCGGGCUGAUGAUCCGAGGCGGCCUGGAGUACAGCCUCGGCAUCUACAUCACGGGCGUCGACAAGGACUCGGUAGCGGACAGAGCUGGUUUAAUGGUGGGCGACCAAAUUCUGGAAGUGAACGGGCAGUCGUUCGUGGACGUGACGCACGACGAGGCCGUCGCGCAGCUGAAGUACCACAAGCGCAUGUCGCUGCUAGUACGAGACGUGGGCAAGGUGCCGCACGCGUGCACUGCCUACGGGGAGCGCGAUGCGACGCCAAGAAUAAGCGGUUGGGGCAAGCGAAGAGGCGCGGCAUCGACAGCAGUGGAGCAGAAGGCGCGUUCACUACUACCGCAGAGCGACCUGCCAGCGCUAGCGUACUACAUGGAGGAGUACGCGGCGCGGCGGCUUGCUACCGACGCCUUCCUAACCGUGCUGCGUGACCUGCUCGACACGCCGCAGAAAUAUACUCUCCUAACGGAAAUCCGAGAAUUCAUGCUACCUGAAGAUCGGCCGAGAUUCGAUGAGCUAGUCUACAGGCGUGGCGACGAACCUCCCGAUCAUCAUUUAAAGCGCGGGGCAGAAAGACACAUGCUGCCCUCCUCGACGAUGCACGAUUUGCACGACGCGGAGGGGCCGGCGGAGGCGCCGCUCGUGGCCGACCACCGCUCGCCCUCCGAGGACUCCGGCUUGGGCCUGCCGCCGCAUGACCACGCCUACAGGAGCGGGCGCCCGUGGCGGCCGGCCGACGCGCCGCCGGCUGACGACGACCUGGAACCACCGCAUGAGGAAUACGAAGAAGAAGGGCGGCGGUCGCGGCGGCACUCGUCGCCGUGCAACUCUCGGGAAGGCAGCACGACCGCGUUGCACACGCAGCAUUACGAUGAACAGUGCGGCUAUCUCGAGGGGCUGCGCUCAUCACUCGGUGGCUGGACGCAGAAAGUUAAAUCAUGGUACUGGGGACGCCCACUAGAGUUGGCGCACAAGUUGUCUCGAAGUUUUGACAUGAAGGAAGACGGUGGAGCGCUCGCGGAAGACCGGGGCGGGAUUCGACGGCACCAGUCCAUGCAGCGGCUGCAGCAUGAGGCCGGGGACGAGGCGCGCGCGGCGCGCGUCGUGCCCGACCACCACGGCAACCUGCACGUGACCGUCAAGAAGACCAAGCCGAUCCUCGGCAUCGCCAUAGAAGGCGGCGCCAACACUAAGCAUCCGCUGCCUAGGAUUAUAAAUAUACACGAGCACGGGGCUGCGUAUGAAGCGGGAGGACUAGAGGUUGGUCAGUUGAUACUGGCCGUCGACGGACACAGGGUGGAAGGUCUACAGCACCAGGACGUGGCGCGGCUCAUCGCCGAGUCCUUCGCGCAGAGGGACAAACCGGAAAUCGAGUUCCUAGUGGUCGAAGCAAAGAAAUCGAACCUGGAGCCGAAGCCGACCGCGCUCAUUUUUCUGGAGGCCUAACAUCUACUGUCCCUCCCCGCCAGCGACCCCCCGGCCGCGCUGGGCACCGCGACCUUGGGGGCCGACCUCACCGCGCACACCACGGAAUAGCCAACUCCAACCUGCGCUGCCACAUGCUCUUCUAAACGCUUUUCUGAAACCUCGCUACCCCGCCGGUAAAUAAACAUCCACAUGAUUACGUGUACGUGAGAUGUGUACGAGUAUUUUACACAAAAUCAUUGCGCGGGGUGCGGAGCAGAGACGUGCUCUACAUGAGAUCCGAUGAGGACUAAUGUUUAACAUCGACACUGAUAUUGACCCCACGUUUCGACGAUGACGAGAGAUACGGAAAAUGACGCAGGUCUAGCAGGCUAUAACAAAAUUAAUGGCACAAGGGAGGCAAUCUAAAUUUUUUAAACCGCGACGAAAUGUCCGAAACUAUGAUGAAUUAGUUACGAAGCACACUGCCCGAAAGUUUUUAAACUUUUCUUACAAAAUUAAUCUCCCUUAUUUCUAAAGGGAGUUUCGGGUAGUCUGAGAGAUUUUGUAAAUUAUUUUCUAGAAUUAGAAAUUAAACCAAUUUUAACAGUAGUCAGCGACUGAAUUUUAUAAAAAAUUAAACCCUACUUUUACUAACUAAAAAUAAGUUCAUCUUAAAAGAUCACACAUUUAAGCGUUCACAGUUAAAUUCGCAGUAAGUUCAAUAAAUUCAAUUCCGUAACUAAUUAAAUAGAGCUAGAAUAUGAAGCAGUGACGAUAACAUAUAUAGAUCUUACGAUGUUCAGUUUUGUGGCGAAUUGUGCUGAUAAAAAAUGAUUGGCAUUGGUGCUAUGGAAAGUGGUGAUUUAACAGUUGCGACUUUCCGGAUCAUAUACAUUGUAGUUUCAUUAGGGAUUCGAUUAGUGCUUGGUGGGCAUCAUAGCAUUUCAUGAGAAGAAAUUCACUCGAGAGCGUCAUCCAUGUGCCAUCAGAAUUGCGUUAGCGUUCGGGAAGUGCAUCCAGCGGCGGUUUGGCUUGGCGUCAUGUCAUGAUGCCACCGCGUCACCGCAGUAGCGCAUCGUCAUGUGUCAUGUAGAGAGAGCUUGCAGCACAGCGCACUCCCCUAAGCAAGCUGUUCCUAUAUACUUAACAACCAUUCAUUCUAUUAAACCUUUAUCAGACUGACUGUUCAAAAAUGACGAUCAAAUGUCAGUCUUAUUCAUUGAAAAUAGAGCACAUGUUUGAAGUGCCGUAUGUGGGAAUUAUAUGACCUAUAUACAAUUCCCACAUACGGUACUUCAAACAAGUGCUUAGCCUGAUAGAGGGUUAACUCUAUUGAUUGAUUUUAUUUUAUUUUAGGCAUAGAAAAAGUGCACUAAUUGGAGUAAUACUUGGUAGCGAGUACCUACUGUUAUCAGGCGUUAAAGUAGAGUUGCUACAUAACCCAAGGCAUCGUAAUACGCCAUCUACUUUAGAGGCCAUAUAUAACUAAGCUUAGAAUAUAUUUCUCCGAUUUGUGCGUUUUUUCAUUUCUUCGUCUAUGAUUUUAAGUAAAAAUAUUUAAUUUACAAUGUAGAAUUUAGCAUCCGCAAGUCGGUGUAAGUAAUAUUUUAUUAAGUUGUAGGUAUUAUAGAACCGAUCGUAGAGCAUAGUGUUUCGUUGUGCUUGUUCAGUUUGCUUGGCGGCUCCAUCAGUGCGACAUUGUCAUUCCAUCAGGUAGUAAGCGGUGAGUUUACGAAAUUAUGGCGGAGAGGGAUUUUAGCCCGCUCUUUUAUUUAUACAUACCUAUUUAUAAGUAGAUAUUUAAAUGAAUGUGUGCAAUAUAAUCAAAUGUUACGUUAGGUGUUAGAGUCAAUAUACAUUGCGAUGCUGUAGGCAUGGCGAACCAAGGGUAUAUUGCCGGAGUGUUUUGUUAUUAUAAUCCAAGAUAGGCGUGUUCAUCAAACUCGAACAAUUGCAUAUUCAUAUGGGAAAAGAAAGUUUCGUGAUGUGUGCAGCAUCGCGCAGCAUACUUCCGAUGUAUCGAUGUGCGUGUUGCUAGUGCUUCAAUUAUAACAAACAGCUGUAGAUAUUGUACACGUUCCAGCCGGUAUCGAUAUAUGUACAUGUAUAAACUGAGACAAUCUAUGUAUGUCGUGCUAAUUGAAAAUUAUACAUCCGUUCUUGAUUUUCUGG